AUGUCCAAAGCUGAGCUUACAUUGCCUAAAUCUCCAGUUUUAGAUCCCACAGCUCAAUUUAUAAAAGAAUUGAUUAAACAAAGAGGUACUUUAAAAGGCCGGUUAACUAAAUUGUCCGUUUAUGUUAAUUCUUUUGAAAAUCAAUUUCUAGACCGCGCUAAAAGGGCUGAGUUAAAUUUAAGGAUGCAGGGCGCAGCCAAUAUAUUGUCAGAAUUUAACAAUGUACAAAACAAACUAGACGGGGUUCUUCCUGAGUCACAGGACGAUGAACAGCUCGACGAGAGAGAAUCCUUUGAAAGUAAGUACUAUACUAUCUUAGCUCAAGCUAAUUGCAUACUAGAUAAUGAUAGUAAUUCACCCAAUGCAAAUAGUUGUGGGAACGACCUAGGUAAUAUGCAUCAGUCGGUAAAAUUGCCUACAAUAAAUUUACCUACAUUUGACGGUUCCUACGAACAGUGGCUCGAGUUUAAAAAUACAUAUUUAUCAUUAGUUCAUACGUCAAAUAAUAUAAGUACAAUUCAAAAAUUUCACUAUUUAAAAUCCUCUUUGAAAGGUCCUGCCGUAUUAGUUAUUGAUUCCCUGGAAUUUACCCCGGAUAAUUAUUAUGUUGCUUGGGAGUUGCUUAUGAAUAGGUACAAUAAUAGCAGACUUCUUAUUCACAAUCAUGUGAAAGCUUUAUUUAAUAUUAAAAAUUUAAGUAAUGAGUCACCUAUAUUAUUACGCAAAUUAAUUGACAUUAUACUUAAAAACCUGCGAUCUCUUAAAUUAUUAGGUGAACCGACGGAACACUGGGACACUUUAAUUAUUUAUAUGAUUGUUUCUAAGCUUGAUAAUACUACUGAACGCGAGUGGGAGAAAUAUAGGAGUGAUCUUUUGUUGAAUGAACGUCAAAACGAUUGUAAGACGCGAGUACAAGUAAAUGAUUUAUUACAAUUCUUAAAAGCUAGGGCUGAUAUGUUAGAAACGUUGCAAGUUUCACAUUGUAAACAAGGUUAUGAUUCGAAAACUAUUACAAAAACGUCACAUAAUAAUUCUAAAGUUCAUUGUAAUUUAUCUACGUCAAAAUCAAAUAAAGUUAUUAAAAGGUUAUGCCCGUAUUGUAAGGCAGAUCAUUACUUGUAUUCGUGUCAAAAAUUCCUAGACUUGGCGAUUGACACUAAAAUAAAUUUUGUUACUAAUAACAAAUUAUGCAAAAACUGUUUGCGUCCCGCUCAUACUGCGGAUACAUGUAAGUUCGGACCGUGUAGGAAGUGCAAUUCUAAGCACAAUACUAUCAUUCACCGCGACAGCGGCCCGACUGAAGAGCGAGUUUCGCUGCUGCAUGCGCCCGCGCAAGGCGAGUGUAGUAGUGAUUUUUAUCAAUUACCUCAACGCACACAAGCAAAACACCCUUUAUCGCAGGUGAAUGGUGCAGACGUACAUUGCGCGCAAGCGUCACUCACUAAGCCUGUUUUGUUAUCGACCGCGCUAGUCAAUAUAACAGAUGAUUCAGGGAAUACAAUUACUUGUCGCGUUUUACUAGAUAGUGGUAGCCAAUGCAGUUUUAUACGAAAAUCUCUAUGCGAUCAAAUUAACACGCCAUUAAUACAGUCCAUUAAAAAAAUACAAGGAAUCGGUAAUUCUAUCACGCAAAGUUUACAGUCUUGCAAAAUAAAAAUAAGUUCGUUAAACGGCGAGUAUUCUACGCGCUUACAAUGUUUGGUACUGCCGCAGAUAGUACCGAGUAUGCCAUCUAUACCUAUUAAUAUUGAUAAAAUAAUAAUUCCGGAUUUUAUUAUGCUAGCUGAUCCCGCUUAUCUGGAAGCUCAUACGAUUGAUAUAUUAAUAGGUGCCGAUCACUUUUGGGAGUUAUUAUGUGACGGAAAAAUACCUCUCGAGAGUGGCCCUUUUUUACAAAAUACUAAACUAGUCAAUCGACUCUCAAUUACG